AUCCUUCAGAGUUUUUGUAGCCAUGGUAAAUUAAUGGAAGCAUCGAAUCUUAUUGAUGUGAUGUCUCGUAAAAGUCAAGUUCCCAAUUUUAAUACCUGCGUAAACGUAAUUCGCGGCUUGAUCAAAGUUGGUCGGUUGGAGAAAGCAAUGAAAGUAUUGCAAGUUAUGGUUAUGUCUGGUGGGGUGCCGGACAUAAUCACUUAUAAUAUGUUGGUUGGUGGUCUGUGUAAAAAAGGACAGAUAAGAGCAGCUAUGGAUGUUCUUGAGGACAUGGGUUUGAGUGGUUGUUCGUCUGAUGUGAUCACAUAUAACACCAUUCUGAGGCGCAUGUUCGAUCACAAUCAGUAUGACCAGGCAAUACGAUUUUGGAAGGACCAGCUAAGAAAGGGGUGUCCUCCGUAUCUGAUCACUUUCACUGUGCUUAUCGAGCUUGUUUGUAGGCACUGCGGUGCAGAACGGGCAAUGGAGGUUUUGGAGGAUAUGUCGAUGGAGGGUUGUUAUCCCGAUAUAGUCACUUAUAAUUCUCUGAUUAAUUCUACGUGUAAGGAAGGGAAAUAUGAAGAAGCUACCUUCAUUAUCGUUGAGCUUCUAUCACGUGGGAUGGAGCCAAAUUCAGUCACUUACAACACCCUUCUCCAUUGCCUUUGUAGCCAUGGGCAUUGGGAUGAAGUGGAUGAGGUCCUCUCAAUUAUGAAUAAGACUUCCAAUGAUGCUACUCUUGUCACUUACAAUAUCUUGCUGAAUGGUCUAUGCAAAAAUGGGCUUUUGGAUCGGGCUAUUGACUUCCUAGAUCAAAUGGUUUCUCGGGAAUGUACUCCUGAUAUCAUUACCUACAAUACUCUUCUUGGGACCCUUGUUAAGGAGGGAAUGACAGAUGAGGUGUUAAACAUAUUUCUAUCGUUAAGACGCAUCGGCUGUUCUCCUGUUCUGAUCACUUAUAAUACCUUGAUUGAUGGAUUAGCUAAGAAGGGUGAUAUGGAGAAAGCAAUGGCUCUAUUCAUUGAGAUGAACGAGCAUGGGGUUACUCCUGAUGAUAUUACUUUUCAUUCUUUGGUUGCUGGGUUUUGCCGGGUGGAUCUGGUGACAGAGGCAUUGGAGAUGUUGAAGGAAAUGGACAGAAGAAACCGUAAGAUCAGAACUAGUACGUACGGUAUUGUAAUUCAGGGAUUAUGCAAAAAUGGUAAGGUGGAAAUGGCUAUUGAAGUUCUAGAUAUGAUGGUAUCUAGUCGAUGCAGGCCUAAUGAAAUAAUUUACACUGCCCUAGUUAAUGGAGUUGCUGCUGCCGGUAUGACAGAAGAUGCUACGAAGCUACGUAAUAAACUGAUCGAACGGAAGGUACUUAAGGAAGAUACAGAGACGGAAUAGACAUGGCAUGAAGAGUUCUACGAAUUUGCAGUCUACAGAUUUGUUGGGCGUCAGAAUACUGGGAUUGCAAUUUGCAUCUUUCCAGCUAUAUCUAUUUGAAGAGGUAAUUGGCUCCAUUUCAAUAUCCUGUUGGCAAUCUGUUGCCAACAGAAAAAAGUUCUGUAGAUCUGGUUCAUAUUUUCAGAAAUUGUAUUAUAUGUUAUGUAGACAACUCUGACAAGUUAAGAAUAAAAUUCUAGUUUUA